AUGGAGGAUCUCCAGGACUACGCCUUGAUGACGGAGGCCUACGACUUCUCUGUCGCCUUCGACGCAUGCAAAGGGAAGUUUCUGCAAGCGAAGCGGGCCUUGGAGCCUCAAGAGACUCUUCUCGUAGAGGUGCCUCUGAUCGCCUGGCCGAUCGGUGCGUCCGUCCCUCUUUCGCAGGCUUCCUUCUGCGAGAACUGCCUCAAACUGAAGCCUUUCCACGCACCGCCUCCGGCUCCGCCAAACGCUUCGCUUUCUUCUCCCCCGAGAGCUGAGGCGAACCGCGCGGACGGCUCCAGUCCUCCGUCCACGGCGCCUGUCUCCGACUCGCCCCACUGUCGCCUUGGAGACGCCUCGCCGUGCCGACCCCAGGCAUCUGCCUCAGCAGGCUCUCCACCUUCCGCCGCUCACUCGUCUCUCUCUUCCCCCCCUUCUCUCGCCUCCCCUGGUGAGGACGCGUGCGAACUGACUGUCCAGGGCGUGCAGUGCUGGUUUUGUUCGCCGCACUGCCUCGCCACUGCUCUGGGCGGAGACUGCCUGAUGUCUCUCCGCAAGUCCCUUCCGUCUCCGGAGUCGCGCACGGCUCGCGCGCUCGCGGCUGCGGUGGGCGCAUCUCUCGACGGCGCCGAAGGAGGCAGAAAGCGGCGAGGCGCGGCUUGUGCGACGGCCGAACAACGGAAGCUGCACGCGCGAGACGCAAACAAUUCGCCAGCGGCACCCGAAGACGCGGCCUCGAGAGACGACUGUUCCGCAAGCGUCGCGCCUGCGCGCACCUCGACUCUCGCCGACGAGCGCGCCUCAGUGGAUCCCGGCGCUGAUGCCCACACCGAAGAGCGGAAACUCGUUGGCGGUUGGAUGAGUGUGCUGUCUCCAGCGGCGUUGCACCAGUUGCGCGAAACCGCCCAACCCGCCUCGCCUUCCCACGCGAACCCUCUGCCUGUGGAGGCCGUCGCGCGGGCCAUCGCGCGCAUCGCCGCUCAGACGCGCACGCUGCUUCUCUCGUGUCCGGGCAUCUCUCUCGAGGCAGCGUUCGCGGCAGCCUCGCGGCCUUUCCAGCGCCUGGCUGUGCCUGCUCUGGGGGAUUCUGCGGGGGCGUGCACUUUUGAUUUCUCAGCGCUCCUCGCAGCCGUCGACGCGGAGAGCGGCGCGCUGGCCGCGGCCUUGGCGAAGCCUCUCCAAGAGACGGUCGGGGCGGAGGCCGCCCGCCUGCUUCUCCACAGAGACACGCUUCUCCAUCUCAAGAGCGCCCUCGCUCUCAACAGCCAGGCGAUCAACAUCUGGGGGGCUUCGACGGACGGCGCGCUCAUGGUGAUUCGCGGCGGCGGUGUCUACACACUGCAUGCAUGCGUCAACCACAGCUGCGAGCCGAACUGCGCCGUCUCGUCGUGGGGCCCAGAAGGCGGAGACAGCACUCUGACAGUGACUACGGUGAAGGCCGUCGAGGCCGGAGAAGAGCUGACCAUUUCGUACGUCGACGAGGCGUUGCCGGUGCGGCGACGCAGACAGCUCCUCGAAACCACCUUCGGAUUCGCGUGCACGUGCCCCAGAUGCAUGCGCGAAAGCGCCUCGGACCCGACAACGGGCGAGGACGCCCGGGAACCAGAGACGUAG